AUGGAGCCCAUGCUCAAGGCUGAGCUACUACCAGCAAAGGGCUUCGAAAGGCUGGUCCUCACCCACCUCCAAGCCUGUCUACCUCCCACUCUGGAUCCAUACCAGUUCGCUUAUCACCGCAACAGGUCAACAGAGGAUGCCAUGUCCAUAGCGCUCCAUUCUGCUCUUACUCACCUGGACAACCCCAACACUUACGCCAGGAUGCUGUUCAUAGACUUUAGUUCAGCAUUUAACACAGUCAGCCCAUCCAAACUAAUCUUAAAGCUUAAACAGCUUGGAAUCAGUACUCCUCUCUGCAACUGGACUCUGGACUUUCUCUCAAACAGACCACAGUCUGUCAGACUGGACAACCUCACCUCCUUCAGUCUCAUCCUCAACACUGGAGUUCCCCAGGGAUGUGUAUUGUCCCCUCUUCUAUACUCCCUUUUCACCCAUGACUGCAUACCUGUACAUGCCUCUAACAGCAUUAUCAAGUUUGCAGAUGACACCACGGUGAUAGGCCUGAUUAGAGGUAACGAUGAGACAUCUUACAGGGAGGAGAUCCAGCACCUUGUGGCAUGGAGGUCAUCAUGGACUCGCUCAGAGGAAGCAAUGAAAGCCAUGGAAGAACAACUUAAGGAAGCACAUGAAAGUUACAACAAAGCAAUGGAUUCACUACCCAGUGGAUGGGAGAUGAUUGGUAUGGAUCUUGUCGCAGGCUUUACUGAGAGCCUCACAACUCUAGCUAAUGGAGUAACAGCUGUGAUUACCCAGCCAGUGAACCAACUCUGUCAAGCUUCCAGAAGAAUUGCUGAUACAAAGCAUCAUAUUAAAGAUCAAGAAUCUGCUGUUGAUGUAAUUAAUAUUUAUAGCAAAUCUGCAGAAAUCCUGAUGAGCGCAAUGGGAUUUGUGCAGGACAAUACUAUUAACUCAAAAGACUUGUAUAAUCAAAAGAAUAAAGCUACAUUAACAGAUUUCCAGGCAGAUCAGUUCAAAAGAAUCAAGGAAAGCUUAGAAAAAAGCCCAAAGUGCAAAGAAAAAAUUGAUGCCCAAGACAUAUGUGAUGAGGGCAUUGCAAUCUGUGCAGAACUAGCAAAGUAUGCACCAGAGGGGAAAUGUGAAGAAGCCAAAACAAAGGAGCUGGUUGAAAGGAUCAGAAAACUGACUGAAUCAGCUCGCAGUUUCGACAGCAAAAGUAAAGACGUCACAAAGUCUCCUUCCCUGGCUCCCAAACCACCCAUGAUAAGUGAGAAGAUGAGCGCUUUACAAAGGCCAUCAGAGAAUGCCAGGUUCUGCAUAGAGCAGAGCCACGCUCAACUGGACAAGACCAGAGAGAUCUAUAAGAAAAGUGUAAAGUCCUUGCCCUCAAAGUUAGUCCAAUUAUCUAUGAUCACCAUGAGGAACUGCGAGGUCAAAGAGAUAGACUUUAAAACCACUAUACAAAUGCUGGUCAAAGGUAUGGAUGCAAUGGGGAGAGUGAAGGAGCAGUGGGAGAAGAUGGUGUACUUCUUUCAGAUGGUGUUCAAUAUCGUGAAAACCAGCCUGAGCAGAACCCUUAAAGAUUUUGUCUCCACAUCUGAGAAAACACAAUCACUUUCCUAUAACGCAAAGCUCUGCUCAAUAUACAAUCAAGCCUUUCAAGCCACUAACAUCGCCAGCCUCGUCCACAUGAUCGCAGCAACCUACACCAAGGUUUCCACCAAUCACAUCAUGGAUCGUGUCAGCUCUCUGGGAAAACUGAUGGCCAUGGACAAGGAAAAGCCAGAGUUUCUUUCUGAGCAUCUGAAGUUGUGGGAAUCCUGUGAUGAGGCCCAGAAAGCCAUCUUAUGCCUUGUCCUCAAGAACAAGGAUGAGUUUGGAAGAAAGGGUGUUGCAAGACAAUAA